AGUGCAAGUUAAACGGGUCCAAAUCUCCGACCCGCAAACUCACCUCUCGCUCGCCCCCCUGGCCUCAUCUCCCGCUCCCUCGCCGGCGAUGACGCCGCCGCUGCCGGCGGCCUCGGCGGGGCGGAAGUCUCCGGCUGCCGUACUACUCCUCUACAUAACUUUCGCGUUCCUCCUCCUGCUCCUCCUCGCCUCGUAUUCCCCCCGCCUCCAGCCCCAGGGUCACAGCCUCCAUCGCCGCCUCAAGCUCCACCCAAAGAGCUCCCCAUCCGCCUCCACCUCCUCCGGUGCUGCCUCCGGUGGGAACGGGGGGCAGCACCAGCACCACAAUGCCUUCGACCCGGCCAUCGCCGAGCUGGAGCACCGUCUGGAGGACAAGGAGUGGGAGCGGGAGCACUACCGCCUCCUCCACGAAGGCGACGGCGACGGCGAGGCGGACGACCACAUGAAGGAGUGGGAGGAGUUCCUCAAGGAGGAGGAGGACUUCAUCAACGACGACGAGCGCUUCAACCUUGCCGACCGCAUCCGCGGGCUCUUCCCCAAGAUCGACAUCGCCCCGCAGGACGGAUUCGUCUCCCUCGACGAGCUCACCAGGUGGAACCUCGAGCAGGCCAGGGCCGACCAGCUCCACCGCUCUGCCAGGGAGAUGGAGCUCUACGACAAGAACGGCGAAGGGAUCGUCUCCUUCGGCGUCUUCAAGGCGCUGCACCAAGAGUCACAUGGAGAUGGUAAUUCGCUGGGGUUCUCGUGGUGGAAGGAGGAGCACUUCAAUGCUUCAGACGCAAACAGCGAUGGUUUCCUCGAUAAAGCUGAGUUUAAUGAUUUCCUUAAUCCAAGCGAUUCAGAGAAUCCCAAAAUAAUCAAUUUGCUCUGCAGACAAGAAAUAAGGCAGAGGGAUAAAGAUGGUGAUGGAAAGCUAAACUUUGAAGAAUACUUUCAUGGACUACAUGACCAUAUACAUGGUUAUGAUGACGAGAAUGCAGAUAUUUCUCAUAUUGGGAACAUAACAGUUGCAAAGGAGAGGUUUUCCAAACUUGACAAAGAUAACGAUGGGUUUAUUUCAGAGCAUGAACUGGAACCAGUUCUUGAUAAGCUCUAUCUUUCGGAACGCUAUUAUUCUAGACAGCAAGCCACCCAUGCUAUUUCAGAGGCAGACAAAGAUCAUGAUGGGAGGCUAACUUUGGAAGAGAUGAUAGAGCACCCCUACGCAUUCUAUGGUAGUGUUUACCUUAGUGAUGACGAAGAAUACUUCCAUGACGAGUUCCGCUGAGACAUCUGCAGGUGACUCAUCUUUCGUCGGUAUAACCCUGAGCAUGAAAAGAAAACAACAGAUACACACCAUGGUACAUGCAACGGUUCGAUAGCUUUGCUGAAUUCUGGAAAGCGCUACUAAUAUAAUGUUGGGCUUAAGAGUUAGUCAUAGUUGCUUGGUUCUUUGAAUUCUUUCUGUGAAAUGAAAUGACAGCUUGCUAGUACACUUGUUUAGAUUUAGCUGACGCUGUCUCCAUCUUGUAAGACGUGUGUAGUCUAGGAGAACAAUGAGUGGAAUGUCAUCUCGGUGACGAUAGAGUCCAGAGCUGACAUGUAUCGUGUUGUUUGGUGUCUGUGAAUUACUGAAUUAAAUUAUUUGUGGCAAAAGGUCCCAAUGACAGAAUUCAGUAGCGAGGUGCAGAUGCAUGCAUGGAACGAGAAUUUCCUCGCUGCAUGAGUGCGCCAUGGACGGGAGAUUGGUCGAAUUAUUGGGGCCUCCGGUCACUAUAUUCGAAACAUCAAUUAAGCUCUGUUAUCUUUGUGUCU